AUGAAUGGCAAGAACCAGGUCAAGGUGGCCGCUGGUCUCGGACUCGACGAACCAGGGCCCGAUUAUCCAGAGCAGAGCACCCACAAACCAAGCACUAGACCUGAGCAGCAUCCCCGAAAGCAACCUACACUGGCGGUCAAAAAGCUGCUCAACUUUGGUCGAAAACUUGCUGCUGGCUACAAUAAGCUGCAGGUUAGUCACCGCGGAAUGUACUCGAUCGAGCGGCUUCACGCGUACCAGGCCUAUUGCGAGAAAACUUCGGUGGCCCGAGCGAUUGCGGUGUGCGUGCUGACUCCGUUGCCUUCACUACUUGCGAUUAUCCUUAUCGAGUGUUUCCCCUUACGUGAUCCAUUGCUCGGGUGGGAGGCCAACUACAUGUUCUGGAUUCGAUUCUACAUUAGCGGGAUUAUUGUCUUCAUCGGAUGUACGUAUCAAGCCACAGACAUGGUGGAUCGCGUGAGCAUCUCGCCGCUCCAGCGUCUGGGUAUGAGUAUGGUAGCCAUGAGCAUUUACGUUGGCACGGUGAUACUUGUGUCGUAUCUGUGGGUCUUCCCCGUACCAUUCGGGAUCGUCCUCGGUAUUGGGCCAUGCUUCGCAGUCUUCUUGGUCGCGUUGAUAAUAACCAUCGGGCCUAAAACUUUCAAAUCAAAUCCCGGUCUGGGUGACGAGAUUAAGCUGCAGCUUUACGUCUUAGCGGUGGAAGGCUUCAUUUCGGUACUUUAUCCGGCAUUCAGCAGCGUCUACCUCCGAGCGAGCUCCACCGGCCGCGCGGGCCUUGUGCUCUUACUGCCUGUGAUUAAAAUUCUCAUGAAAAACGUCGUGGCGUGGUCCUCGUCACACGUUGAAGACUGCAUCCCCGUCGUCACGGUCUUCUCGAUCGAAGUAUUUAACGCUCUGUACGUGGCGACGUGCAUGCAGUCCACGAAGUCGACGCUGGCCACGGUCAUUAUCAUCGUCUCGGACGUAUUGAACGUUAUUCUGGCGUUCCGAUCACUGCUUCAUCGCUCGCGAGCACUCGAAGAGGAGCAUCAAGCUGCUGCGUCCGAAGGCAACAAGCACGCAUCGGUAGAGCUCAUCUCAACAGUCAUGACCUCCUUCCACCACCUGCGGACGUUCAAGACGCAGAAGGGGAAGGAGAUUCGAGUUCGCUCCCCUGUGAAGCUUGGCAUCGCAACCAAUACCGAACACGUCCUAGACACUUUGGCGGAGCACCAAAAGCAAUUCGUGACUAACGGGGCUCGGAAGAACCUGGAGCUGAUAGAGGGCACACUUCAGCUGCUGUUUCAUUGUGAGUACCAUGCUCUUGUCGAGUACGUCGAGUGUGCCGUCCCCAUCCUCUUCGGCGUCUACUUAACGAUCCUGUACCAACUUCCAGUACACAAAUAUUACCCGCACACGCGCGACUUGGAGGCUGGGCAGCUCGAGGGAAUGUUGACGAGCCUUUCCAUCUACGUGACGCUGGAAGUUUUGUCCUUUGUGGGGAUGCACAUGGCGCUGAAGAGGAAGUUCAGCUUGUCUGCGCUGUACCAGCUAUCGUUUGUACUGGAAACUCAUGUCGUUCAGCUGCAGAGUCGGAUGUUCGUCUGGAUCGUGUUUAUUUUGCAGUUCACACUAGCACACUACGGCGUGGACUUCACUUUCCAGUUCGCAUGGCUGUUUUAG